AUGAACCACCUAUUGCUUUUCUGUUUCAGUGCCAGGACAAUGAUUCCACCAGGGGAAUGUCUGUAUGCUGGGAGGAAAAGGAGGAAACCUGUUCAGAAACAAAGGCCUGCCAUUGGGAAUGAAAAGUCUAAUCCUUCUAAGAGACAUAGGGACCGUCUGAAUGCUGAAUUAGAUCAUCUGGCCAGCCUCCUGCCUUUCCCACCUGACAUAAUAUCUAAGUUGGACAAACUUUCUGUCUUGCGCCUUAGUGUCAGCUAUCUCCGAGUCAAAAGCUUCUUUCAGGCCAUUCAAGAAAAGCACUUUAGGAAGCAAGUUGGUCACACAAUAAAAGACCAUCUAUCCAGUGAGACUGCCAUACCAGAAGGUGGACUUCUACUAGAGUCACUGAAUGGCUUUGCCUUGGUGGUGAGUUCAGAUGGAAUGAUAUUUUAUGCAUCAUCAACUAUUGUGGACUAUCUAGGCUUUCAUCAGACUGAUGUAAUGCACCAAAAUAUAUACGAUUACAUUCAUGUGGAUGAUCGCCAAGAUUUCUGUAGACAACUGCACUGGGCCAUGAAUCCUCCACAAUUAGUGUCUGGACAACAAUUGCAGACAGAAACAGGAGAAGAAUACAUUCUCAAUAAGUUGUUUAAGGCACAAGAGUGUGACAGCAUGCCAACAGAUUAUUCUUCCUUUUUAACUCGUUGUUUCAUCUGUCGAGUCCGCUGCCUGUUGGACAGUACUUCCGGUUUCCUUACAAUGCAGUUUCAAGGUAAACUGAAGUUUCUCUUUGGACAAAAGAAGAAGUCCUCUUCAGGAACAAUAUUACCACCUCAGCUGUCCUUAUUCUGCAUAGUGGCACCACUUCUGCUCCCUUCUAUGACAGAGCUGAAGAUGAAAAGUCUGUUUGUGAAAGCAAAACACAAAGCUGAUGAUGCAUCCACAAUGGAUACAAAUUCAAAAGCUAUUUCAGGUCUAUGUGAAACAGAAUUACAAGGAAGAACCAGUUACCAUGAAGGUGCAGCUUUCACUAAUGUGUUACAAAAUGCUGAAAACCAGAUCAAAGCAAACAAUGGAGAAAAUGGCAUUUCUCUAUUCAAAGUACUAACAAAUGAAGAUCACUGGGUCUGGGUACAAGCUAAUACUCAAGUUCUGUACAGGACUGGCUGUUCAGAAUACGUCAUUGCCUCACAGCAAGCUCUAAAGGAAGAAGAUGUGCACCUGAAGGUACCAAAGAACAUCACAAGUUUGAAAGGACACAAGGAAGCACUUAACUAUAACUGUGCCAUUGAAACUUUGGGACAGAUGAAGCAUCUUAACUGGACAGCUGUAAAAAAUGAACAGGAUAGCAUAAAAGUGAAGUUUGAACCUAAUACAAAUGACAAGUGUUUCAUGCAAGAGGAAUCUCUCAAUUCUAACACAUUACUUUUAGGUAUCCAAAACAACUGCAACACAAACAACAUUUGGACUUUAAAAAAUUCAUCAAGUUCUUGUUCUGUAAAUCAACGCAUGAAUACAUGUCCGAGCAGAAAAGUUGGACCGUUCUGUAACAGAGAUCAAAGUCUUUUAAAUUUAGCAUCAACCUGUCCUUCCCACUGGGGUACUACAGAAAAUUGCCAGUCUUAUUCAGGCUUACAGCAAUUUACAGUGGAGAACUACACUACAGAUCCUGUGAAAUUACAACGUCCACUGAUGUACCCAGAAACUCUAUGCGACACAGUAUUUCCUCUAGAUAUGCCCAUCAAAACUGAAUAUGAUUCUGAUUCUGAAAAUGUAGCUGAUAGCUACAUGAUGUCACAAAGUCGAGUCUGGCUGGAUGAGAAUGGUAUGGUGAAAAAGCAGCUGACUGGCUACCCUAACAUGGUGCACCUUAAAACAGAAUCGGACCUCAGUGAGCAACUGUCUCCUUGUCAAAAACCAAAGCACUGUGCUUACACACCACACAAUUGGCAAUGCAUUGUAACAAAUCAUACCAACAAUAUGAAUAUAAACAGACCAUGUAAAGGGUUACAUAACAAAGAGAUGACACAGGUUUGCCCCCAGAACUCUGCAUGUUUGGAAAGCAUCCAUGACUUUCAGCGUACAGACUUCUACAAUCAGUUCUAUAACCCCAAUUCAGUAGAAGAGAGAGAGCAGAAUAACCAGAUUUUUAAGAUGCAAUGUGAGUUUAAAAAUCCCUGCUUGGUUCACACAAUCAAGCGUGAACCCUUGGAUUCUCCACCAUUGUCUGAUAAUGGGCAGGAUGGAAUAGAGAUGAUCUUCCCUGAAAAUGCAUUACCAGGUCCUGUGCCUCAUAAAACAAUGGAAUGUACAUUUUUACAAUAG